UACUGAAUACAGCUUAGAGCUGUAUUAUGGUGGUCCUCAAAUCUUAUUUCUGUAUUAUGAAGUAGGCAAACUCUCUUCUACAGCUUCUUUUUAUGGUGUAAUUGUACACCCUUUUACUGACGAUAGCUGUCUAAUUUCUGUCUUUGAGAGUAUUAAACAGCAAUAAAAAUAAAUGACGCCUAUAGUACUGUCUUAAUCUGUAUAAGUGACAGUCGCCAUUUUGAAUUAUUGUGCAUUGUACGCUAUUUUGUGAUUGUUUUAAAAAUAUGUGGAAAAAGCGAAAAAGAUUUGGUGCUAUUAGAAGAAAGAUUGAACAGGAAUAUUUAAAUAUUACAAAUUAUCAACAAAAUGAAAUAACUGCCGAGGAACAUGGAGAUAUUGCAACAGAUCAGAUCACCUACAGUCAAGCGUCAGAACCGUCGACAUCUAAUGAAAGGGGUUCCGUAGAAAAUAUUAUUGUGAAUGAUCAAAGUUAUAUCAGGUGUAACUUAUUAGCUUUACCUUCUGCAACUGAUGACGACUUUUUAUCAUGCAGCAGUUCAAUUGACGGCGAAAGUGAAUAUGAAAAAAAUUUAUUAUUUCGCCAACAAAUACAGAAUUGGGCCAGAGAAAGAAACAUAGCUCAAGUGGCAUUGAAUGAUUUAGCUACUAUCAUAAACUUAAGAUUUCCAGGAAUUUUACCAUGCGAUGCCAGAACAAUUUUAGGUACUGCAAAGCAAAUACAAAUCAAACCGAUUCAAGGAGGUGAAUAUUGGCAUAACGGCCUAACUAAAUCUUUAAAAAAUAUAUUAGAAAAAUGGGAUGACGUUCCGAAUAAAAUUUGUUUGAAUUUCAAUUUUGACGGUCUUCCAAUAUUUAAUAGUUCUAAUAAAGAGUUUUGGCCGAUUUUAUGUACUAUAUUUGAAAGACCCGAUGUAGAACCGUUAGUGAUUGGUAUUUAUUUUGGUGUUGGAAAACCAAAGCAAAUUGACGAAUAUUUAAAUGAUUUUGUUAACGAAAUUGACAACCUAAUUAAAAAUGGAAUGUACGUUGAACAAAUCAAGAGUAAAGUAUCUAUAGGAAUAAGAUGUUUUAUAUGCGAUUCUCCUGCGAGAGCUUACAUUAAAGGUGUAUGCAAUUUUAAUGGAAAGCAUGGAUGCUUAAAAUGUGUGACCGUAGGAGAAUAUUCACAUACAUCCCAUACAGUAACUUUUCCUGAUAUGAACUGCCGUCCGAGGACUGACCAAGAAUUUCGUGACAAGAAGUAUGGACCUCACCAUAAAAAAGACUCACCUUUACUACGAUUAGGAAUCGAUAUGAUUGAAGACUUCCCGGUAGCAGAUUCUUUGCAUCUAGUCGACUUGGGCAUAAUGAAACGGUUACUAGUUGGUUGGCGCAAUGGUAAUUUUGGAAAGUACAUAACUAAAUGGUGUGCCAAAGAUAUUGAAACAGUUUCUAAUUUUCUUUCUGAAUGUAAAUUGCCAUCUGAAAUUCAUCGGUCAGUGAGAGGACUAGAUUGUCUUUCCCAUUGGAAAGCAUCUGAAUAUAGAUCAUUCUUGCUUUAUUUAAGCAUUGUUAUACUUCCACAUGUGAUGUCACAUGACGCAUUAUGCCAUUUUUUGACGUUUUUUUGCGGAAUAACAAUAUGUUCUAGUAAAAACUAUGUUCAUUUACUUCCGUUGGCAAAAGAGUUCCUACAGUAUUUUGUUGAACAUUAUAAAGUCUUUUACGGAGUAGAUUAUAUUACAAGUAACGUUCACAAUGUGGCACACGUCGUGGAUGAAGUACAACGGUUCGGUUCGCUUCAUACUUUCAGUGCAUAUCCUUUCGAGAACAAGCUUUAUUUAAUUAAAAGGAUGCUUAGGCACGGACACAAACCUCUUGCUCAAGUGGCGAAAAGAUUUAGCGAAGAUUUAGUAGCUUCAGAAAUCGUACAGAGCAGAAAAAAAAUCGUAUUUAAUGAACCAUUUGUAAGCACUAACAAUAAAAAACUAACUGCACUACAUUUCAAGGACUAUAAACUGUCACCAAAAUCGAAAGAUAAAUAUUUUUUAUGCAACGAUGGUCAGAUUCUCGAGGUAAAGAAAAUAUUUAUGCUUGAGAAAAAAAUAAAAAUAUGCGCUCUUAUAAUUACAGACUUAGCAGAAGUUUUUGAAUCACCAAUAAAAUCGUCAUAUUUGAAUAUAUUCAAAGCCAAAUUGCUUGCCUCUGGGCAAAUUGAGACCAUUGUUAAUCCUGAAGAUGUAAAAAUGAAACUAGUAUGUAUAGAACAUAAAAACCAAUUAUAUUUUAUACCCCUUUUGCACACAGUUUGAUAGAGAAAUAAAAUUUAUUAUAAUUUA